AUGAUACCAAUAACACGCGCCUCGGUCCAAGCAAUCCCCCUAUCCUACGCAUCGUGCUCAAUCGGCUGCAAGCCCAGCGACACACUCCCCCGCAAACUCGAAGCGAUCAGCAAAGCCGGCUUCAUCUCAAUCGAGCUUUCAUUCCCCGAUAUUCUCGAAUAUGGAGCCCACCUACAAGGAGAACCAUUCUCACCGAAUAACUUUUCCAAACUCGUCGUAAUCGCUGCCGAGAUCCGAAAGCUUUGCGAUGCUAAUUCUUUGACUAUCAUGAUGUUGCAGCCAUUCGCGAACUUCGAGGGUUGGCCGAGGGGGUCGUCGGAACGAGAGGACGCGUUUGCGAGAGCGAGGGGGUGGAUUGAAAUUAUGAAGGUUGUUGGGACGGAUUUGUUGCAGGUCGGAGCUACGGAUACACCAGCGGACAAGAUCUCCAUCUCCCGCGAGGCCGUCGUCACUGAUCUCCGCGAACUAGCGGAUAUGCUAGCAAAGCAUAACUUCCGAAUGGCAUACGAGAACUGGUGCUGGUCAACCCACGCACCAGGCUGGAAAGAUGUAUGGGAAAUCGUCUCGGCUAUCGACCGCCCAAACGUCGGGCUAUGCCUAGACACAUUCCAGACAGCCGGUAGUGAAUGGGCAGAUCCAACGACUGAAUCUGGUAUAAUAGAGACAGUCCCGAGUGAUGUCCUCCAAAAGAACUUCGCCGCUAGCAUGGACGAGCUCGCUCGCGCUAUUCCGCCCGACAAGAUCUAUCUGCUGCAGAUCUCGGAUGCGUACAAGGUGUCCCCGUUGCAGAAGGAAACUAUUGCAGGACUGAGACCCCGCGGGCGCUGGAGUCACGAUUAUAGGCCCAUGCCGUAUGAUGGGGGUUAUUUGCCGAUCGAGAAUGUGGCCAAGGCGGUGCUGAAGACUGGGUUUCGAGGGUGGUUCUCUAUGGAGAUUUUCGAUGCCGGGCCGGAGGGGAAGGGGAAGAAGUAUGAGAUGGAUGCUUUUGCAAAGAAGGCGAUGGACAGUAUGCAGAAGCUGUUGGAAAAUUGUACAGAUGAGUGA